GAAUGCAUUAAAUAAGACUACGUUAUAAACUGUUUAAUUCCGUUGUAGUAGUUUUCCACUCGUUUGAGAAAGCAAUAUUCGCGAAUAUUCCUAAGUGUCUGAUGUAUUAGUUAUUAUCAAGCUCUAUGUUUUGUCCUAUGUUUGGAUGCUUUAAUGCCAUUGAUACGUGAAAUAAAAUGACAACUGGUAUAUUUGACAAUUCACCAAGAGAGAUGCAGUUGAUUAAUUCUGUAGACGAUACAGAUGCCAAAGAGGAAUAUAAUAAUGUUGAAAAAAUAAGACUGAGAAAAGAAUUGGGACUAUUGGAAGGUGUUGCCAUUAUUUUAGGAAUCAUAUUUGGCUCGGGCAUAUUUGUAUCCCCGAAAGGUGUAAUACAAGAGGUCGGAAGCGUAGGAGUUUCCUUGAUUAUAUGGGUAUUAUGUGGACUAUUGUCUAUGAUAGGAGCAUUGUGUUAUGCCGAAUUAGGCACAAGUAUACCGCGCAGCGGCGGAGAUUAUGCUUACAUUCAUGAAGCCUUUGGUGCUUUGCCAUCAUUUUUGUAUCUAUGGGCUGCCAAUCUAAUUUUUGUGCCUACAACCAACGCUAUAAUGGCAUUAACCUUCGCGCAAUAUGUUCUACAACCAUUCUUUCCAAAUUGUUCUACGCCGGACAAUGGUAUAAGAUUAAUUGCAGCUGUAACUAUAUGUUUCUUGACAUUCGUCAAUUGUUAUGAUGUAAAAGAAACAACAAAGAUGCAGAAUAUAUUUAUGUUUGCCAAAAUUGCCGCUUUAGUGAUUAUUAUUAUAGCUGGAAUAUCGUGGCUGUGUAUGGGACAUACAGAAAACUUUGAGAAUGCUUUUGAAAAUACAAAUACAGAUCCUGGAAAAAUUGCAGUGGCCUUUUAUUCUGGAAUAUUUUCAUACUCUGGAUGGAACUAUUUAAACUUUAUGACUGAAGAAUUGAAAAAUCCUUAUGUAAAUUUACCACGCGCAAUUUACAUAUCACUGCCUUUAGUCACAUUAAUCUACGUACUAGCCAAUGUUGCCUAUUUGUCAGUUUUGACGCCGACCGCGAUGAUUGCUUCGGAUGCGAUUGCAGUAACGCUUGGAGAUCAACUUCUUGGAGUUAUGGCAUGGGUUAUACCUGUUAUGGUUGCUAUUUCCGCAUUUGGAGGAUUAAGCGUUCACAUUAUGACUUCUUCCAGAAUGUGUUUUGUUGGUGCCAGAAAUGGACAUUUUCCAUCUAUGCUUAGUCAUAUCAAUGUAUCAAGAUUUACUCCUACACCUGCUUUAGUAUUCCUGUGUAUAUUGUCAUUAAUAAUGUUAUGUACGAGUGACAUAUUUGUAUUGAUAACAUAUUGUAGCAUAGUGGAAUCUUUCUUCAUUAUGUUAUCAGUAGCUGGUAUUUUAUGGCUCCGAUAUAAAAAACCUAAUAUGAUCAGGCCGAUAAAGGUUCCUUUAUGGAUUCCUAUAACGUUUGUAGCAUUAUGUGCAUUUCUGGUAUUGGUGCCCUGUUACGAAAGACCUUACGAAGUUGGUAUGGGUAUUUUAAUAACAUCCUCCGGUAUUCCUGCUUACUUCAUGGGCGUUACAUGGCAAAAUAAACCAAUUUGGUUUCAAAAAAUUAAUGUCAAAGCCACGCAUAUCAUACAAAAAUUAUUUCUAUCGGCGAGAGAGGAGGCAGAAGAUAUGGAAUAAGGAAGUCGUGUUCACUUUGGUAAAUGAAAGAAGAAGAUACUCAAGGUAUAUAAAAAUGGUCCUUGAUUUUUGGCAGCUUUUUUUCCUUCUUUUCUUUUCACCUUCAGUCGGUCGUAUUAGAUCUCAAACAUUAAAGCGAAUAAGUGAUGAUGAACAAAAAGAGACAUCGUACAGUUUUUUCUUAAUAGUUUACGAUUGCAAUAAAAAAUUUGCGAAAGGUCAAGCUGUACGCUUAUUUCAUAAUAUUGAUGAGUAGAUCUGAAUUUCAAUUUUUUUUCUUUCUUUCAUUCUUUUUUUUUUUUUUUUUUUUUCUUUCUUUUUUUCUUAUUUUUCUUAUUUUUUUUAUAUGCUUUUAUAUGUAUUUUUAAAUGAUAUCGCUUGUGUGUCAUUAAUAUUUAACUUGAUUUGUCUCGAAUAAUAAUGAUCUUUUGAUGCAGCAUAUAACGAAAAGAAACAAUUACUUUUGAGACUGAAUUUCUGUUUUCUAUAAACAUUAUACUUUCUCAACAUGAUUAUUCAAUAGAUGUUUAAAUAAAAAAAAAUUUUGUACAAUGGAUAUACAUAUAUUUCUGUAAUAUAUUAUUCCGUACGUAUGUAUAAACAUUACGUAUUAUUAAUGUGUUAUAUUUUCUAUCCUUUAAACGAGUAUAGUAUUGCUUUUACGUAUACCAUAGUUAUUAACAUAAAAAGGAUUUUAUUAAAUUCUACUAACAAUAUUUAUGAUUGUACUUACGUAGAUUGUACGUAAUAAGAUAAAAUACGACCGCUUUUAUAGUUCACAGAUUUAAUAAUUACAUCGCAAAGGUAUAAGAAUGUUCAUUAAAUACAUACGUUUAAUUAUUAUUGUAUCUACUAUUUAAUUUAUUGCUCGUUGAGGAUUAAAAAUUUGACAGCUUUUUAUACUAUUUAAGAUGUGGUUAUCUUCACUGUGAUAAGAAUAAUAAAGUAUUUUAUAAUCGUACCAAAAUAAUUUUCAAUCCAAAGGGACUUGUGUAAGUUGAGAUUAUGAAUUAAUAUUUUAUUAUAAUUUUAUUGUAAUAUAUACAUAUACAUACAAGUGUAUAUGUACACAUACACACACACACACACACACACACACAGCAGACACACAUGUAUAUAUAUAUAUA